ACUCUCACUUCUCUUGUUUUUAGAGAGUGAGUGUUUCAGAACAGAACCUCUUUCAGUUCAGAGCAGCUUUUCCACAUCCCUUUGCCUUUUCUCUCAUUUUCAGCUUUUUCUAAAGCUUUGGGUUUUUACCAUUAUUUUUAACCACCUUCCCAGAAUUAUUAUAUUCCAAAAGCUUAGCUAUGCAGUGUUUGCUUACGUUCUCCCCUCACUCACACUACUAAUUUAGUUCUGAAUCUUAGCCGUUAAGUUUAUAUACAGAUUCUACAAUACAACCCCCUUUUUCUUUCGUUCUUUUCUCUUUCUAGUCUUAGUUUUCAUCUCGAGAUUUUCAGCAUUGCUUCCCAAAAUUCAUUAGAUUCUCUCUUAAUUGGGUGGGGACGAUGGUUUGGUGAUUGGUUUCUACGGAGAGGAGAAAAGCGAAGAUUGAGGUUGAGCUGGGGAAAAUGGGUGAAGAGAGAUCUGCUUCACAGUAUAGCGGACUGAAGAUCCAUGCACAAGUACUAUUGGGAUUUAUGUUGAUCUGCUUAGUCCAAUUUUCACUUGCAGACACUAAUCCCAGUGAUGUUGCUGCAAUUAAUAGCUUAUACACUGCAUUGGGCAACCCUGUUCUUCCUGGGUGGGUUUCUAGCGGGGGAGACCCAUGUGGACAAGGGUGGCAAGGCGUUCAAUGUAAUGGUUCAGUCAUACAAGAAAUAGUUCUGAAUGGUGCAAACUUGGGAGGAGAACUGGGAGACAGCUUGGGAACUUUUGUUUCUAUCAAAGCAAUAGUUCUAAACAACAACCACAUUGGGGGAAGUAUUCCAUCCAGUUUGCCAGCCACUUUACAAAACUUUUUUCUUUCAGAUAACCAGUUCACUGGAAGUAUUCCGACAUCUUUAUCCACAUUGGCUGAACUGACUGACAUGUCUCUUAACGACAAUCUUUUAACUGGAGAAAUACCAGAUGUGUUUCAAUCUCUUACAAAAUUGAUCAAUCUAGAUUUAUCUAAUAACAAUUUGAGUGGGGAAUUGCCUUCAUCUAUGGAGAAUUUGUCAGCUCUGACCUCCGUACAUUUACAGAACAAUAACUUGUCUGGGACCCUUGGUGUUUUACAAGACCUUCCACUGCAAGAUUUGAAUGUUGAGAACAACCAGUUUGCUGGACCAAUACCUCCAAAGUUGUUGAACAUCCCUAACUUCAGAAAAGAUGGAAACCCGUUUAAUGUUGAAGGCAAUUCGACUGUAGCCCCAGCCCAUCCACCUCAUUCUCCAGUGAUAGCUCCACCAUCAGGAACUGUGGUUUCUGUGACACCACCAUCUGGACAUGUACCUACUAAACAGACUGAUGGACCAACUGCAGGAAAGGAAACAAAUUCUGUGAAAUCAAAACAAUCCACCAAAAGGGUGGUUUGGAUAUCUAUUUCUGCUAUAUUGAUGUUUAUCAUUAUAGCAUUGGGGCUUGUUCUCUUUGUCCCGAGAUGUGCCAGAAGAGAACGGGUUGGCAGAAUUUCCAAGCAACAUCAAGUUGGUGCAUAUGCAGGUGAAAGACACAAUCAUAGGGAUAAUGGGGCUUUAGUCCAACCACCUAGUCAAACUGAGAAAGUACCAAAAGGGGCUGUUAUGAGGCCGAAAGGGGAUCAUCAAGAAGAGACAAGGAGAGCAAUGGCCAUUCCAAAGCCACAAAGUGAGCCAGAGAAGGAUGAACAAAGAAUAGGAACAAUACCAAAACUGUUGGAUCAUGAGAUAGAUAUGAGUGCAUCAGAUGUAUAUUCAAUGCCUUCUCCACCUCCUCCUCCCCCUCCCCCUCCUCCACCACCUCCUACUGAGAGGGUGAUUGUCGAACCAACCUCUUUCCACAGGGGGGGUAACAUAAAAAAAAGUCCAAUUCCUCCAACUUUUGCAAAAACUUUCACAAUUGCAUCCCUUCAGCAGUAUACAAAUAGCUUUUCUCAAGACAAUCUUAUAGGUUUAGGCAUGCUGGGGAGUGUGUAUAGGGCAGAGCUUCCUAAUGGAAAGAUACUUGCUGUGAAGAAACUAGACAAGAGAGUUUCUGAUCACCAAACAGAUGAUGAGUUUCUUGAAUUGGUAAACAGCAUUGACACAAUCCGGCAUGCAAAUAUUGUUGAGCUUAUUGGGUACUGUGCAGAGCAUGGUCAAAGGCUUCUGAUUUAUGAGUACUGCAGUAAUGGGUCCCUGCAGGAUGCACUGCAUUCAUAUGAAGAAUUCAAAACAAGACUGUCUUGGAAUGCUCGCAUUCGGAUAGCUCUUGGAGCAGCUAGAGCCUUAGAGUACUUGCACGAGCAAUGUCAACCACCUGUUGUACACAGAAAUUUCAAGUCUGCUAACAUUCUCCUUGAUGAUGAUGUUUCUGUUCGUGUAUCUGACUGUGGAUUGGCUCCAUUAAUAACUAAAGGUUCUGUAAGUCAGCUUUCAGGACAACUGCUAACAGCUUAUGGCUAUGGAGCUCCAGAGUUUGAGUCUGGAAUUUACACUUACCAGAGUGAUGUUUACAGCUUUGGAGUGGUUAUGUUAGAACUUUUGACUGGCCGUCAGUCCUACGACAGGAUGCGCCCUCGAGGGGAGCAGUUUCUGGUGAGAUGGGCAAUUCCUCAACUUCAUGACAUUGAUGCAUUAUCAAAGAUGGUUGAUCCUUCUCUAAAUGGAGAUUACCCUGCCAAAUCAUUGUCAAAUUUUGCAGAUAUCAUUUCUAGAUGUGUUCAGACAGAGCCAGAAUUUAGGCCAGCAAUGUCAGAGGUUGUCUUGUACUUAUUAAAUAUGAUAAGGAGGGAAUCUCAGCAAAAUGGUUCAAAUGAGUAAUGAAAAUGGUAGUGAUAUUUGAACAUGACUAGAUGUGCAAAGAAUUGCAUGCUGCUUGCUGAAUCUCAGUUAGUUGAGAUAUGCAUGUCAUCCAAGGAUGGCCCAAUUUAGAUGCUCUCAUCUGCAAAGUUCUAACCCAUCCAACAUGCACAUGCCAGGAUCAUUUUAUAAUUUUGCAUGUGAUCAUUUUCAUGGAUCGUUAAACCAUGCCCUGGUAGUUAAACCCAUUUGUUUGAUGAUUGCUUCUCUAUUGUUUAUAAGGAAAUAUAGUUUCGUUGUGCAUGCUCGUGAUUUCAUGUUCAUCCUUGAGGAUGAAAUUUUGACAAUCCUUGUACAAUUCACAUUCAAGCAUUGUAAUUUAAUAUUGUUUUUCCGUUUAGU